AUGGAUAACUACAGAGAUUCUGUUGUGGUUGAUUUGAACAAUAUUCAUUACACAUAUUCAUAUGAUGUUGAAUAUAGUUGUGAUGAAGAAGUUAAUGAUGUUGUUUUGUCAUUGGGAAAAGCGAUGUUAUGCGAAGAGGGUUUGAAGGUAGUGAAAUGGCUUCGCGUGCAUUACAAAUCCAAAAAGGGAAAAUAUGUUGUGUCAAUUUUCGAAGAGACUCGUAACCAUGAAUUAACCCUGUCAAAAUUUGUGCAUUUACACCCUAUUUAUCGUCAAAUAUUUGAAGUAGAUAAAGCUCAAAUUAAUGGUCUUCAGUCACAUGGAAUCAAAACAUGUCAUAUAACGGGAUACAUGGUUGCUGAAAAGGGUCGAUAUAAUGAUGAAGGUUUUAGAAAGAAAGAUUUGUACAAUUAUUCUGAUAAAAAAACGUGUGCUAUUAUUAAAAAUGGUGAUGUUAUUGUUGUUUUAAAUCAUCUCAACGUGAAAUCAUCCGUGGAUCCUAUGUUAUAUGUAGAAUAUUCAGUCAACAGUAAUGGAAGAUUUAAAUCACUUUUUUGGACAGACGACACUAGUAUAUCAGACUAUUUAUGUUUUGGCGAUGUUGUUGUGCUUGACACAACUUACAAGAAGAACAAAUACAAUUAUUUAUUGGUUACAUUCUCUUGGUGCAACCAUCACUCACAGACUGUUAUAUUCGGUGUUGCAUUGGUGUUAGAUGAAACGACAAAGACGUAUAAGUGGUUGUUGAGGUGUCUCUUAGAGUGCAUGAAAAAUAAAUAUCCAAAAACAAUGAUAACAGAUGGAUAUUGGGCUAUGAGGGAGUCUACGAAACAUUUUUUUCCUGAUGCGGCCCAUCGGUUAUGUGCUUGGCAUUUGAGCACAAAUGCAGGUGAAAUAUAA